CUGAGUUCCAGCUUAAAUUCAACAUCAAUUCAUAUUCAUGUACUAGACACCUUCCCCUCCAAUAAAUAUCUCUAUAUCGCAACAAAACCCAGCUCCAGACACAGGAAUAGCACCAAAGAUGUACCCCCCACCAACCUUCACCAGCCCGCGCCUCCUCUUCGAGGCCAUGACGCCCGACGAUCUCGACGCCAUGCAUCAGAUCCGCAAUAAGCCUGAGGUUAUGAGAUGGAGCUUGCGCAAACUCCCCGACCAAAACCUCGAAGAAACUCGCACCUGGCUGACGAAAUUCAUCUCGGGGGGACACCACCCGCCCCGGACGUGCUACGUUGUCCGGGAGUUAUUAUCAACUUCCCCUCCUGACGCGACCGGGACGGCGAUUCCAGCAGCAGGCCCGGUCAUCGGCAACAUGGGCGUGCGGAUGGAGCCCGCCCCGACCCAGCGGGACGAUCCUGGAUUAACGUCGUCCUCGGCGGGUACGGCUGCUGAGCAUUCCCCAAGUAAAGACCGCUGGGAACUGGGGUAUAUCUUCCACCCGGAUGUGUGGGGCCGGGGGUACGCGACCGAGGCGGUGCAGCACCUCAGCCAGAAGUUCUUCGGAGAGCUGCAGGCCCAGAUGACGGGGGCGUUUGGCGCGGAGGCCACGAAGCAUGUCGAGGAGGGACUGUGGGCGAUCACGAAUCACGACAAUGCGGCGAGUCAGCGGGUGCUGGUGAAGACGGGGUUCGCGGGCCCCGUUGAGGAGUUUGUCGAGGGGGAUGGGACGCGGUGUGUUGUUUUUGUGAAGUAUAAGUGAUAUCUAUAUACCCUGGAGUUCUUGGGGGUAUCUUUCACCUCUGCUAGGUUUUUGUUUCUAGAAUGCUCAGGGUUUGGGAUCGUGUUUCGAUGGUAGACUGGGAUAGACAAGUGGAUGUAUAGAUCGUGAGUCUGGAAAAAGUUGCUGGUCAUGCAUGGUUUUGUGGAUUCGUAGCAGC